AUUUAAUCAAAAAUGUAACUCUUGCUGCCCUUUAUAUGUCAUGUGAUGGAGCACGACCUUUUUUUGGUUCAGUAAUAGCUGUACGACAUGCAUACAGAAUUAAUAUCAUACUUCCAAAUACUGAUGAAAUCGAAGCUGAUUCAGUUUUGAAUAGCUCAAAUCGCGAUGGUGAGAAAGGUGACGAACGUGAUAGAUCAGAGGAAGAUAACCAGCCUAAGCCACAGUUUAGAGAUGAAUGUUUUCGAAAAAUGGAUUUAAUGAUCGAGUUGUUAGUACCAUUUUUAGUUUUCAAUAAUUGUUGUUUGAUGAAAGUGGCACUAAAUGUAACUGUUUUUGAAAGCACAAACCUUCGUAAUCCGAGACAUUGUCCAAGUGGUGUUUAUGUUAUGCCCUCUGCUGACAAUUUUUAUAUUUGGUAUGGCGUUUUGUUCAUUCAUAAAGGAUACUACAAGGGCGGCGUUUUCAAGUUUAAAUUGAACAUCCCUACUGAAUAUCCUUUUUAUGAUGGAAAAUAUCCUCCAACAGUGCAUUUCAUCUCCAAGUUAAUAAAUGAUGAUGGUUUAUUUCACCCACUCAUCCACCCGGAAACUGGCAAUUUCUCUUUGACCCAACAAUUUAAAGAUUGGGCAUCACACAAAUAUUAUAUUUUUCAUGUACUUCAUUACGUCAAAAAGUCGUUCAAAAAGGAUGUUUUGGAUAAGUUGUCAGAAAAACAUUGCCUAAACAAGGCUGCUUAUGAUACCUACCGUGAAAACCCCAAGAAGUUUGGAAUUAUGGCUAAACAAUGCGCAGAAUUAUCAACAUCUGAUACGGUUUUGUAUGAUAAUCAUAAUGAAUCCAAUCCAAUUCAGUUCUCAAAGCUAUCAGACGAAAAGCUUGAGGAAUUAAAAUCAUUUAUUAGUCCACCGGCUACGGAGCGUGAAAGGCCCAAUUAUACUUCACGAAGAACAUAUUCAUCAGCUUCCAAUUUUGAUUACUCU